AUGGCACCCUUGCCGCCGCCUCUCUGCCGGGCAUGGCUAUACUCGGUGCUAACCAUUGCGAGCUAUGCACAGGCACAAUCAAGUCUUAGCUCUUCUUUUUUGGAAGGAGACGGUACGGCGACCAUUGCCGGAACUCCCGUCACGUACAGUCCGAAGUUCACCGUCCCCGCGAGCGCUGAUGUGGGCCAAAACCUCAUCCCCAAUAUUGUGGAUCCUCAGGCCGUGGAUGCUCAGAGUGUAUGCCCUGGGUACAAGGCGUCAGACGUCAAGCGUAACGCCAAUGGUUUCUCAGCAACUCUCAAUCUGGCGGGGAAAGCUUGCAAUGUGUAUGGUAACGAUGUCGACACACUGGAACUCACCGUCCAGUACCAAAAUGCCCAUCGGCUUUCCAUCAACAUCAGUCCCGCCAACAUCGAUGCCUCCAAUUCCUCAUGGUACAUACUUCCUGAGGAGCUAGUCCCGCGCCCGGCUGUAGAAGCUGAUGCGAGUUCGACGGCACUGGACAAUGACUUCCAGGUCGCUUGGAGCAACGAUCCCACUUUCUCCUUCACGGUCAUCCGGCGCUCGACUGGUGAUGUCGUCUUCAGCACCGAAGGCAGUGUCCUUGUGUACGAAGAUCAGUUCAUCGAGUUUGUCACCACCAUGCCCGAGGACUACAACAUCUACGGUCUCGGAGAGCACAUCCACGGUCUCCGUCUCGGCACCAACUACACGGCAACACUCUACGCUGCUGACGUAGGCGAUCCAAUUGACGAGAACAUCUACGGCAGCCAUCCCUUCUAUCUGGAUACGCGCUACUUUGAGGUUGAUCCUGUCACUGGAAAUCUGACCUAUGUGGCCGACAGCAGCACGGCAAAAUCAAACUCUUCAUACGUCUCCUAUUCCCACGGUGUAUUCCUGCGGAAUGCCCACGGGCAGGAAAUUCUAAUGAGGCCGGAGAACGUGACCUGGCGUACUCUUGGUGGAAGCAUCGACCUUUUCUUUUUUGAUGGGCCGACACAGCCGGAGGUCACCAAGCAGUACGAGUAUGGAGCCAUCGGCCUUCCGGCGAUGCAGCAAUAUUUCACCUUCGGAUUCCACCAGUGCCGUUGGGGCUACGCCAACUGGUCUCAGUUUGAAGAGGUUGUCGACAACUUCAUCAAGUUCGACAUCCCGCUUGAGACCAUGUGGCUGGACAUCGAUUACAUGUUGGAAUACAGGGAUUUCACUACUGAUCCGAACACGUUUCCACUUGAUGAAGGCGCCAAAGUUUUGAACCGCUUGCAUGAAGGAGGACGACACUUCGUUCCCAUUGUGGAUAGCGCCCUGUACAUCCCGAACCCCGACAACGAGACUGACGCCUACGCUACCUACACUCGCGGUAACGAGUCUGGUGUGUUCCUCAAGAACCCCGACGGUAGCGAGUACAUUGGUGCUGUCUGGCCUGGCUACACCGUCUUCCCGGAUUGGCUGGUCGACACCAGUGGUUCCUGGUGGUCUGAUGAGCUCGUCAGGUGGCACAAGGAGGUCGCCUUCGAUGGAAUUUGGAUCGAUAUGUCUGAAGUUUCAUCCUUUUGCGUCGGCUCGUGCGGUUCAGGAAAUCUCUCGCUCAACCCUGCCCACCCCCCAUUCUCACUUCCCGGUGAGCCUGGAAACGUCAUCUACGACUACCCAGAGGGCUUCAACAUCACCAAUGCGACCGAGGCUGCUUCUGCUUCUGCUGCUUCUUCCAGCCAGGCAGCCGCCACGUCUUCAACUGCUUCCAGCUCCACUUCCACCAGCUACCUACGGACCACGCCUACACCUGGCGCGAGGAACAUCAACUAUCCUCCAUAUGUGAUUAACAAUGUGCAAGGCGACUUGGCUGUUCACGCCGUCUCGCCCAACGCUACGCACUUUAAUGGUGUCCAAGAAUACGACGUGCACAACCUGUUUGGCCACGGUAUUCUGAAUGCAACAUACCAUGGCCUUCUCAAUGUUUUCCCGGGAAAGAGACCCUUCAUUAUUGGCCGUUCAACCUUUGCUGGGUCCGGAAAGUGGGCCGGACACUGGGGUGGUGACAAUAUGUCGAAAUGGGCGUACAUGUACUUUAGUAUCCCGCAAGCUCUGUCAUUCAGUCUUUUCGGUAUCCCUAUGUUCGGCGUCCGUUGGGUCCAGCUGUCCUCGUUUUUUCCCUUUUUCCGUUCGCACAAUACGUUGAGCGCUGCUCCGCAAGAGCCCUACGUGUGGUCCUCCGUCAUUGACGCCUCCAAAAAGGCCAUGGCGAUCCGCUACGCCCUGCUGCCGUACAUGUACACCCUCUUCCACGCCGCACACACCUCUGGCUCGACCGUGAUGCGCGCUCUCGCGUGGGAGUUCCCCAACGACCCGCACCUAGCCAACGUCGAGACGCAGUUCCUACUCGGCCCGUCGAUCCUCGUCACGCCUGUCCUCGAACCAAACGUGUCGACGGUCCGCGGCGUGUUUCCCGGCGUGGGGCAGGGAGAGAAGUGGUACGACUGGUACGAGCAGCGUGCGGUCGACGCCCGGCCGGGCGAGAACAAGACGCUGGACGCGCCGCUCGGGCAUAUCAACGUCUUCGUCCGCGGCGGCAGCGUGCUGCCAAUGCAGGAGGUGAGGCUGACGACGAGAGAGGCGAGGAAGACGCCGUGGGCGCUGCUCGUCGCGCUCGGUUCUACCGGCACGGCUAGCGGUUCGUUGUACCUCGACGAUGGCGAGAGCAUACAGCCAAAUGCGACGCUCAACGUGGAGUUUGUCGUGCCGGAGGGAGAGAAUAAGCUAGUUGCCAGUGGGCGCGGCACGUAUAAGGAUGAGAACCCGCUAGCGAACGUGACGGUGCUGGGCGUAGGGAGUGAGCCGGAGGAUGUGAGGAUCAACGGGGUCAAGGUUGAUGGAAAGAAGAGGAGCUGGAAUGAGACGAGUGAAGUGUUGCGGCUGACAGGAUUGGAAGAGGUGCUCGAGGGAAGUGCAUGGGGUGGCGAUUGGAUAUUGAGUUGGUAG